AUGGUGUCCUCUUAUAUUGGCGCACUCUUUGUAGUGUCAGCCGCCGCCAGGUUUGCGCCUCGCUCUGCAGAACCCCCGAUGCGUCUUGCUGAUCGCCAGUCGGGCACCUUUGCAAGCAUUGAGCAGACGACUGACGGAGCCAUUCCUCGUUUCGACUGGGAACAGUCAUUCUUAACGGAUGCGACCAUCGGGCAAGCCUUAGCUUCGGUACCGGCAGACGCAAGGUCUCUCUUUCAGUUCGCUUCGCAUAACAUUGCCAAAGACGCCGUCCCUGAGACAAGCAGUACCUUUAACGGCCGUCAAUGCAAGGUCUUCCCCGGCGAUGAAGAUUGGCCGGAGGAGGCAAGCUGGUCGGCGCUCAACGAAAUCACUAACGGUGCUCUGAUGAAGCCUGUUCCCCAAGCGCAUGUCUGUUACAACAGUAGUGCAAGUAGCUCAGACCAGAGCGCUUGCGAUGCCUUGACCAAAUCAUGGACGGAUCCAUUCUCGCAGCUCGAGGACCCCAUUGAGUUGCUCAGUCCACUGUACCAAGGAAGUACGUGCCAGCCGCCUCAGAUCUACGAUAGUAAAGAGUGCACUCAAGGAGGCUACUCUCUCUAUGUUGUCAAUGCUUCGACUACUGCCCAGAUUCAGCUGGCGCUCAACUUUGCUCGUAAUACGGGCAUCCGAUUCGUCGUUCGUAAUACUGGUCACGACUUUGCUAUCCACCCAGAUCAACCUAUCGCUUCCGCCAACUGGCUUGUCACCACAGGAAAGAAUGUCAGCACUGAAGCCUUCAAGCAAGGGCUAAAAGCCUAUAUGAAAUACUUCCCACAAAACGCCGACAACAAUACUUAUGCCUACUGGAAGGUAUUCCCGUCGCCAGAUUCGAUCAUGAUGGACAUGUCACCGUUCUUUGCCCCUGGGAAAACUGUGGAAGAAGCCAAAACUCUCGUUGAUCCUUGGAUAAAGGAUAUGGCUGCGCUCGGGAUUGCCGUCGAGCCCAAAUGGACGCAGUACAACGGAUUCUAUGAUGCCUAUAACGGCUCUUUCCCUGUAGAGGGUGUCAACAGCAAUGGCGUCGCCACUACCUCACGCAUGAUCCCUCGCUCCAACUGGGCAAACGAAUCGACUUUCGACGAGACUUUUGAGGCCAUUUGGCAAGCGGUUGAUGAAGGCAUGGCGCUGAUCGGCUACAACAUGGCGCCAUCCUGGGAGAAGGGUGGACGCCCUGAUAACUCCGUCAACCCAGCCUGGCGUGCAGUGGGAAGCGAGUUCUUCAAGGUGCGCAGUGUUGAUGGUCUGCCGAACGAGAAUGGAAGGCUUUGCGUCAACCCGGAACCAACGCUUUACCAGGCUGAAGGUCCGGACUGGGUCCCAGAGUAG